AACCAGAACCACAAGGGCGAAGGGGAGGCGCCAGGGCUCCGGAGGUUCCGAGAAGGAUGCUCUGCGCAGGCCUAGCUCGUCCUCCAGCCGCGGAAGAGCCAGAAGGACCUGGGCGGGCCGACGACCGCGGGCGCCAAUGGCCGGGCCCGCCCCGCCCCCGGCCGGAGGCUUCCGGGGAUAGGCUGCCCGCCGCGCCGCCUCCUGGUCGCGUCGCCGCGCCGCAGUCCUUGUCGCCACGCGGCCGUCCCGAUCUCUGCGCCGGAGUUCCGCGGAGGGCGCCGCCGCCGCGACUUUGUAGCGGGUUCGGGGCCGGCCCGCUGGUGGCUGCGCAAACCCCGCCCGGCCCGACCCGGCACCCGGGGAGUGUGUCUCCGACGUGUGCGGGGCUGCCGAGGCCCGAGCUCUACGCGCGGCCCGAGUUCUACGCGCAGGUUGAAAACUACAGACACAAGCGGUGGAAGCUGGACUAUCGCAAUGCUGAUUUGAACACCUAUUUCCAAUGUCUGAGCUCAGUUUCCCACUACAAAAGUCUCAUUACAAGUCUGAGUAUCUCUGCCUAAAAAUGGCCAUUCUUCUCUGUUUUGAAAUAUCUCCAUAUAGAGUAACAUUGAUCUCUAGCGUCCUCUUGAGAGUUUAACUGCCCAGCCUGUAGGUAACCUAGUGUUUAUUCAAAUGAGCUCGCCCUGAAGAAACGAGGUAGAAAUGUAAGUCCUGUGGUAAGUUUGCUGGGUUCCUAAUAAAACUCGAGCUCCAGGCUCUCUACUCUGUCACACUCCACUCGACAGGCUUGACUCUGCUCAACUCAUAUACCUACAAAGCCAACGCAACAUGUCUGAAGACGCUCAGCUCAUUUUCGAUUCAGACAGAAGUUACUCCAAGACCAAUGAAACUGAACUAUAGUAUUGUGCCUUGAAUAUACACCCAAGUGGCAGAUUCCCGAGCAGUUCUGUUGUUUGGCCUCUGCAGGACCAUCAACCACAACGGAAUGAGAUAUAAUCCUCCUAGAAACUUUCUUCAUGUGCAAGUUUACUUUCAGCAUGAGUCUGUCUAAACUUACCUUUUCGGCCAUUUUUCUUACAGUGAAUUGGCUGUGUGAGUGAACCAAAUUUCUGACCCUCUCAUUGUUUUCAUGUGUUCUGUGGCUAACGGGACGGCCACUUCCCACAUCAUCAUGGAUAUCAGCUCUGCCUUCUUUAAACUUCUUGUGCCAGUCAAAAACUCUUGCUCUUGACAUUACUUCUUCACCAUAAACUAUUGUUAACAUCUCAAGUGCCUCACUUGCAGAUUUAUUUAACUUUACAAAAAGCUUAGUAUGAACUCAUUGCUCUAAAUAACAGUCACUCAUUUUUAUGGUGGAAAAAAGAAUAAUUCUACUCACAUCUA